CAAAAGCCCAUGUUGACCAACAUAACUAUGAAGUGACAUGAUUGUAGUUGCACUGUCAUUGGUGUUACAUGCGGCCAUAACGAUUUGGACCGAGAAAAAUGUUACAAAAAUGGAAGAUGGUCCGGAGAGCGCUUUUCUAGACGUGUUUUCCCCGUUCGUUUUGACGGAAGGGGAAACAAUCAAAAUCAUAGGAUGCACUUCCGACUGUUGGCCUGGCUGUCGACAGAAGUGGAUGAACGCUGCAAAUGUUACAAUACAACUUUCUGGCACACUUUCACUUGGGCGAGCUACCAGAGACAAUGCUGGAAGCUAUGUAUGCGUCUUAGAAAACACUGCGAAAGAAUACAAUAAUAAAGCCGAGGCUUCUUUGAUAUUGAUUGUCGAAUAUCCCCCCGAUGUUCACAUACAGACCACAAACAUAACAUCCGAUGACACUUCCAUUGUCUUAGAAUGCAUUGCAAACGGUGUGCCGAACUCAUAUAUAUACAGCAAUUGGAAACAGGAGUGGCCAGGUUUUAUUUUAGCCAGAGUCAUUCCUGAAAGUGGAUAUUCAACAUUACGCCUCACAAAUCUUUCGUACGAAUAUUCUGGAAUAUACACAUGCUCAGUCAGCAAUGGUGUAGUGCAGUAUCCAACAGCAGAGACCGUCAUGGAAGCAUCAACGUACCUGCUUGUAAAAGAUGCGCCCAUUGUACUAUUUCCUAAGUUAUCUCAUGAUGACGUCAUCGUUUUAUCUAGCAAACUUGGAGACACACUUUCAAUACAAGUAAACUUUUACUCCAAUUACGGAAGGGUGGCUGCCUAUUUAAAGGACUCCAGUUAUAAUUCGAGCGAGAACAAGAGCGUUACUUUGGAUGUUUCUGAAACUAAUGUUGAAUUACCUGUUUUUGAUCAAGUUCUUAACGACAGUGGAUUUGUUUUAAAUAUCACUAUCAUCAUUGAGGAAGCAGACGAUUUUACCGUUUAUCCUGUCAGUAUUGAAAAUGAUUUCAAAGCAACUUUACUAUACAUCGAUGUUAAAUCAGAAGGUCCUCCUGAAACCCCCUGGACUUUUACGAUAGAAGAAGUCAUGCAGCAUUCCAUAGACAUUUCUUGGUUUGGGAAUUUUAAUGGUGGAUUCAAACAAACAUUUGCUAUACAAACCAGCAUGGACGGUGUUGAUUGGAGUAAUGCUACAUUGUUAGAGGAAGACGUACCGAACACAAAUGAACAAUACCACCAAACAGUUGAUAACUUGGACCAUACAACAACUUAUUAUCUUCGCAUGUACGCGUUCAAUGUGCUUGGUGAAAGUGAGCACACAUCUGUUAUGCAGGCUACAACUGCUACUGCCCUAGAAGACAUCACUCAAAGUCAUGCUUCAGUUAUUGGUGGAGUAGUUGGAGGAUGUCUCGGAGUGGCUGUUGCUGUAAUCGUCAUAGUGUUUGUUCUGAGACGAUGGUACACAUUGAACUGUUCCUGUAACAUGUCCCUAUCGAGGAAGAAAGAUGUACCUUCAGAUCAAGAUGGCUGUUGGAAACGAUAGACCCGACAAUUCGCGCUUGUACACGUCUUUGGAGUUGACCAAUCAGAAGUCAAACGCUUAUUACGGGAAUGCAAAGAUAGAGGAUCCCGUGUACAACAACACAAUGCUGAAAAACCCCAUACAGACAGUGCUUUAAGUUCGUGUAGUUGAAAAAAUACUCUAACUCAUACGAGAGAUUAUCUCAUUUUAACUAGUGUAUAGUUUGAUUGUGACGUGUCUUAAUGAAAAGUUAUAUUCAGAAAAUUAAUGAACUGUAUAGAAAAAUAAAUAUGUACUUGACUGUGAAAGGCAAUCAGGUAACUUUUUGACAGAUCUUACAUCUAACUGUUUGAUACUUAUUGCUCGUGGACAAUGGAGUUAGGUGAUGACGUUUACCGGUCUUGAAUUCCUCAUUUAAAAUAUAACAUUUGUACUAUUUUUACCGUAUAGUUGGUUAAUACACAUGCCGUUUCAUGUUUGAUAUAUCUGUAUCUGUAUUUUUAUCAGUUACAGGCUUAUAAAUUAAAAAAAAAAA